AUGUGGCAGGCGCUGAAGUGGAUAGCGCUAUCGCACAGCACGACAACAAAAAACCACAUAAAGUACAAUGUGUACGACGGCAACUGCGAUGCUGGUGAUGGGAACAAGGGAAGCAUCUGCCAUUUGGUCCGCGGCGGGUUCCAGCCGCGCCUUCCGACUUCGCUGCCGCCCCCAGGGCAGCAGCAGCAGCCGUCGCCGCUACCACGCCGACAGCCCGUCCCGUUGAUGCCUCCCGCGCAGCUUCAUACGGGAGCGCCCCAGGUGGUCGCUCCGGCGCCUGCGGUCCCUCUUCAGUCGCCACCACCUUCGGAGCUGAUGGACGUCGACCCCUCAGCCGGGCCACCUUCCCAAGCGGUGGCUGUGCAGCCUGUCCUGCAGCCGCUUUCCUUGGGCACCCCCAAGGAGUCUGACACCGCAGCGCCUUGUCCGGCGCCCACUCAGCAGCCGUCGACGCAGCGUCAGGAGACGCUGCCUCUCUUCGUGGGUCCCGACGCCCCGUCGCGUCCAGUGCCAGAAGCUGCGCCCGUGGUCACAGGCGUGCACCCUGACCUCGGUUUUCAGUCGGUGUUUCCCGAGGCCCCGCGCAGCCAAUGCUGGGCGCGGCCCAGAGGCACACUCGGAGUGCAGGCCCUUGUCGGGGGUGGAGCCUCCGCCCCCCAAGACGCCGGUGUCGAGGCUCACACGCCAACACCGUCCAGCGGGGGCGGCCCAGACCCUAGCUGA